CAGUUGUUAACAAUUUACGUUUUCGGAGUGUAUUACAUUUUUUACCCGUCAUUUUUCCUUGACUAUAAAAAUAUGAAAUAAAAAUAAAAAUAAAAAAAAGCUUUAUAAAAAUGUGGUGGAUUGAAAGUAUGGGAAAAAGCUUUUUACAGCUCCUAAAAUUCUCACAGUACUUCAUUCAAUUCAAAGGAAUCCGAGUGUAUGGAAAAAAAAAGUCAUAAAAAAAAAUCAAAUGCUUUAUUAGAUUAUUGCAUAGUAUAUAAAUUUUCAAAAUAAAGUAUUUCAUCUCUUGGAAUAUCAAAGGAAUUAAUAAAAAUUUAUUUAUUUAAAUAAGCAAGAUUAAAUAUGCGCAACUCAUAAAUCUAUACAACAACAUAAAAGCUCGACUCCAGUAUUUGUAUUUAUACUUUUAUUAUACAACGAGUUAGUACUGUAAAGCUGCAUAAAAAUAAAUCCGUCGGAGUCAACCGCAAAUGAAUAGAAAAAUUCAAAAUGAACAUCACUCUUGCGUCAUUGCUAUUUAAUUUGACAAGAAACAAUAGUAAAAUAAAUUUCACCUUUGACAAUAGUACUGCACAAUUUGGGGAAGAUUUUACAACAAAUUUGUACACAAAAUUGAUAUUUUAUUUUUUAUAUUCAUUGAUAUUUAUUUUAGGUGUAUUCGGUAAUAUAUUAGUGUGUUAUGUUGUCGCCCGUAAUAAUGAAAUGCAAACAGUUACUAAUUUAUUUAUAACAAAUUUAGCCGUGAGUGACAUAUUACUUUGUAUGCUGGCAGUACCAUUGACACCAUUGUAUACAUUUUUAGGCGGUUGGGUGUUUGGUGAAAGUUUGUGCCAUCUAUUACCCUAUGCUCAAGGUGUAAGCAUAUAUAUAAGUACAUUAACAUUAACAAGUAUUGCAAUAGAUCGUUUUUUAGUAAUAAUUUAUCCAUUUCACCCGCGUAUGAAAGUGAGAACAUGUAAAGGAAUAAUAAUAAUAAUAUGGAUAGCAGCAUUAUUGCUUACUCUGCCAUAUGGUAUUUAUAUGGGUCUCGAAAAGUAUCAGUAUUGUGAAGAAAAUUGGCCGACAGAUCAAUUUCGUUUGUUAUUCAGUGUAAUAACUUGUAUUUUUCAAUUUGUAAUACCAUUUUUAUUGAUAGCUUUUUGCUAUAUAUGUGUAUCUAUUAAAUUAAAUGAUCGCGCUAAAUCAAAACCGGGAAGUAAAACAAGUAGACGUGAAGAAGCUGAUAGAGAAAGAAAAAAACGUACUAAUCGUAUGUUGAUAGCAAUGGUGACUAUUUUUGGUGUUUGUUGGAUGCCACUCAAUAUAAACAAUAUUUUGGAUGACAUUUAUGAUUUUUCAACAAACUGGUCAUACUAUUACUUGUGUUUCUUCAUAGUACACUGUAUUGCUAUGAGUAGUACAUGUUACAAUCCGUUUCUCUAUGCUUGGCUCAAUGACAAUUUUCGCAAGGAGUUUAAAAAGGUACUGCCGUGCUUUUCAAGAAUUUCAACAAACUUUACGUCACGGACAACGGAUGCUUAUAGAAGUGAAAGACUGUGUAAUGGCAAUGAAGCUAUACAAGAGAAUUUACUGAACAGUUUGGGAUCUAAAUUCAAUCCUAAUGUCACUGAAGAGAGUAUACAACUUGAAUCAAGACCAGCGUCACCAUUGCAAUCCAAUCAACGUAUUAUCAAUGAAUUUACGGAUGUUGAAGAUGUACGUUUAUAGAAUUAUAAAUUUUUCAUCAAAAUUCUGAACGGAUGUAUGGAUGAUGAAGUGGGAUAUGGAGGAGUAUAAAAGUCAAGAGGCGGUGAAGAGUCAGAAGGUUGAUAUGAAGGAUGCAAUCUUUCUUAAGUCCAUUGAACAGCUCAAAAAGACUCGGGAGUUUUAUCACUAUAUAUUAUAUAUUACAACUACUACUGUAUGAGAAGAUUCUUUUCAUGUCAUUUCUUUCACUUCGUGACAAAGUGAAUUGAAGCACGUGCUUGCUUAUAUUUAUAAUAAUAAUCAUAAUAUACACAUACCAAUCACAAGAUUAGAUUUGUCAUGUGCUUUUUUUUCAUGUCUAAUGUGAAGGGUGAAAAAUACAGCCGAUUUAUUUUUUAGAAAAAUGAUAAGAAAUAUAAAUGACCCUUAUUGUUAUAUUUAUAUAGAUAUUAUUGAAAACUGAAUAUGAUGUGAGUGUAUAUAUAUAUAGAGUAGCAUGAAAUAAAUUUAGAUUUGAAAUUGAUAAAAAUAUAGUAAAGAUGCCAAUAAAGUACCUAUAUUGCAAUUCUAUUUUUCAAUUCAUGCGUUAAAGUUUUAUGAGACGAGUCAUCUCUUUUAGCAGCAUUGUAACCUUUUCAUUCUUAUUUAUCUCGGCCCUUCCUUGUUUCACAAGCCAUAUGUUAUUGUUAUGAAUUCCAAUGAAUAUAGA